GACGUCCACCAAUAGAAACCAAGCGGGACCAUUUGAAACGGCGAAGAAGGAGAGAAACGCUCGCGCCAGUCGGCGGUCCUCUCUAAAUGCUAGGUUAGCUAGGUUGGAGUUUAUCCGUCGGUUCUCUGUGACUCUCAAAGAGAAGAAUGGCGGAAGAGUCAGCCGUUAAAGUGUGUGUUCGUGUCCGUCCCCUUAUUGAGAGGGAAGAAAACGCUGCGUUGGAGAACGCAGAGCCCGUACAGCUGUUUUGGAAAGCUGAUAAGAAAUCGAUUCAUCAGAUCGAUGAGGGGAAUUCCACCAAGAGCUUUGUUUUCGACCGUGUUUUCACCGCAGAUGAAACCACCAAUCAGCUCUACCAGGACAUCGCAAAGCCCCUCGUUGUGUCCACCGUCGAGGGAUACAAUGGCACUGUAUUCGCUUACGGACAGACUUCCUCAGGGAAGACUUUCACCAUGAUGGGGAGCGACCGCAAUCACGGAGUAAUCCCUCUGGCCGUGGAGGACGUCUUCCAAACGAUUCAAAAUUGUCCGAAGAAGGAGUUCCUUCUGAGGGUCUCGUACAUGGAAAUUUACAAUGAAACUGUGAGCGAUCUGCUCGUUGACAGCUGGAAGAGAAAACCCCUGGAAGUCAGAGAGACCAUCAAUAAAAACAUCUUUGUGGCCGACCUGACUGAGGAGCUGGUUACGUCUUCUACACAAGCGCUCGCCUGGAUUCGUAAAGGAGAAAAGAACCGCCGCUAUGGGAAGACCAAAAUGAACGAGCGGAGCAGCCGCUCGCACACCAUUUUCAGAAUGAUCCUGGAAAGCAGAGAAAGUAGCGAAAAUGCAGAAGGCGAAAAUGCAGAUGGAGCCAUUAUUGUGUCUCAUUUAAAUUUAGUUGAUCUGGCUGGAUCUGAGAGAACAAGUCAAACAGGAGCUGACGGCACACGCUUCAAAGAAGGUUGCAAUAUCAAUCGCAGCCUGUUCACGCUCAGCCAAGUGAUCAAGAAACUGACCGAUGAAAGUCAGAAGGGCUUCACCAACUACAGAGACAGUAAGCUGACCCGCAUCCUGCAGAACUCCUUGGGUGGAAACGCAAAAACAGUCAUCAUCUGCACCAUCACUCCUGUCGCUCUAGAUGAGACACUCAGCACUCUGCAGUUCGCCAGCACUGCAAAGAAAAUGAAGAACGACCCUCACGUGACAGAGGUGUCUGAUGACGGGGCUCUGCUCAAAAGGUAUCGCAAUGAAAUUGUAGACCUCAAGCGACGGCUUACUGAGGUUUCUUCAGUCACUCAGACCACAGCGACGGAGAAGAAGGUUCUUUCCCAGCUGAUCCAAGAAAAGGAUCAGCUCCAGAGAGAACAACAGGACAGGAUCAGAAAUCUGACCAAACUGCUGGUCACCAGCUCCAACCUGGUUCCUGUUCGAAAGUUGCCAAAACGCAGGGUAACGUGGGGAGGAAAGAUGAUCCGACUUGGCCGACCGUCUGCGUGUGAAGGUCCAUCUGACCUCAGCUUUGCCGAUUCUUUCACUCGGAAGCGAAAGGCAGAAAGCUCCUGUCUGAUGGAUCUGUGUGAAGACGACGAGGACUUUGACUCCCAAUGGGAGAUUCCCGGUGAGCCUUCAGACGACAUGGACAUGAGUCAGAGCUCUGUGACCGUUCGAAGCUUUGGGAACAGCCCCAAAGACUUUGUGUCUCCAGACUAUAUCCACAAGCUUUCAGGGAAAGUGUCCCACCUGGAGCACCAGCUGGAUAUAGAGAGUCUGCACAAAGAGGAGGCCAUGACGAGGGCAGAGGCAUCCGAUGGCCGAGUGGCCGAAAUGGAGCUGCAGCUGCAGACGGAUGCCCAUCAGAAACGGGAGACCCUGGAGAAAAUGCAGAGGGCUGCCGAGCUGGAGCUGCAGCUGCAGACGGAGGCAAAGGAGGCCAAUGAAAAGGUGGAGAUGUUGACAGCCGAGCGAGACUACCUGAAGCAGGAGAUCGGGAUGUUCAUCGAGGAGACGGAGCGCCUGGAGAACGAGAACGCCGUUCUGUCAGAGGAGAUGGCGGAGAAGAAGGAGAUGGACGAGUUCAGAUCUCUGGAGGAGGACUUCAGGAAGGGGCACGAGAAUGACAUGCAAAACGAAAUCUCUGAACUGAAGAGGGCCGUCGAAUCCUCUGAACUCCAAUGUCUGGAGCUCCAGAACAAACUAGAAACUUUGUCUGAGGAGCUGCAGAAGAAAACUGAAUUUGUAAAGGAACUUCAGAGUAUGAGCGGGAAGGACCUGGUGCAGGAGGUGGCGACGCUCCGGCGCUCGUUGAACGACGCCGAGGGGCUCAGCAGAGACACGAAGAAGGAAUGGGCUCACCUGCGCAGCAAAAACAUCGCCGUGGAGGAGAUGAACGUGACUCUGAGCGCCAACUCCAAGAAGAUGGAGGCCGAGGUGAACGGCCUGCGCGGUAAGCUGGAGACGGAGAAGUCGCGAAACAGAGCGCUGCAGAGCGACCUCCAAAAAGAGCUGAACGUGGCGUUCGACGAGAACACCAAGCUCACCGCUCUGCUCGACGGAAAAGUCCCCAAAAAUCUGAUGGACGGCGUGGAGCUGGAGAGAACUGUGGCCCGGCUGAACCGAGAGCUGACGGCGUCUCAUGAGGCAGAAGGAGCCCUUCGAGCUCAGCUGGAGGAGCUCGCCUCAUUCCAGACUCUUCCGGAUAAGGUGGAGGAUCUGACCAAGCAGCUGAAUGAGCUGACCGAGGAGCUUCAGCGUGUGCGCGAUGAGAAGGACGCUCUCCUGUCUGAGCAGAGGAGCUCUGCAGAGGAGGCGGAGCAGCUGCUCUCCACAGUCGCAUCGCUCACUGCAGAGAGAGACCAGCUCACGAGGAACCUUCAGGAGAACGUGGAGAUGGCUGCAGAGACCCAACUUCUACUACAAUCUCUCCAAGAGCAGAGUCGAAAUAACUCUGAUCUGGAGAAACUCUCUGAGCAGAAGGAGUCUGAAUUCGGGGAACAUAUCCUGGGUCUGUCACAGGAGCUUCAGCGUGUGCGCGAUGAGAAGGACGCUCUCCUGUCUGAGCAGAGGAGCUCUGCAGAGGAGGCGGAGCAGCUGCUCUCCACAGUCGCAUCGCUCACUGCAGAGAGAGACCAGCUGCAGACGGACAUGCAGGACAACGUGGACAUGAUGAUUGAGAAUCAGCAAGAGCUGAGGACGGCCCUGGACAAGACUCGAGAGCAGAAGGAGCGGAUCGCACAGCUGGAGACGGCACACACAUCCAAACAGGAGGAUUCACCCAGUGCACAGACGGAGGAGCUGCAAACGCUUAUCCAGAGGCUGACUGAGGAGCUGGAGGGUGUUCGAGCGCAGAGAGACGGUCUGUCGUCUGAGAGGACGGCCGACACUCGGACCUCCAGAGAGGAGACGGAGAGGCUGCAGAGCAGAGUGACGUCUCUCAGCGAGGAGAGAGACCAGCUGCAGGAGACUCUGGAGGCACUGAGGCAGGAGAAGAGGCAGCUCAGAGCGGAGCUGGAGGACCGGAUGGAGACGUUUGCACUCGCCCAAAGUGGGUUUAACCAGCCAGAAAAACUGACCUCAGAACCUCAACCACAUGAUGAGGAUGUAACCCGUCUUCAGCAAGAGAUAAAUGAGCUGCAGGCUACUUUACAGGCCGUCACUGAGCAGAAGAGCCAGCUGGAAGUUGACCUGCAGCGUAACGUGCAGACGGCUGUAGAGACUCAGGUUCUUCAAUCUCUUCAAGCGGAGCUCCAAGAGCAGAAGCAACUUUACUCCGAUCACAUGACGCUCUGUGAGCAGAAGGAAUCUGACUUGGAUCAACAGACCGAGACUCUGACGGAGCAGCUUGAGAGUGCACGAGCAGAGAGGGACGCCCUGUUGGCAAAGGAGAGCGUCUGUCAGGCCUCCAGAGAGGAGACGGAGAGGCUGCAGAGCAGAGUGACGUCUCUCAGCGAGGAGAGAGACCAGCUGCAGGAGACUCUGGAGGCACUGAGGCAGGAGAAGAGGCAGCUCAGAGCGGAGCUGGAGGACCAGAUGGAGACGUUUGCACUCGCCCAAAGUGGGUUUAACCAGCCAGAAAAACUGACCUCAGAACCUCAACCACAUGAUGAGGAUGUAACCCGUCUUCAGCAAGAGAUAAAUGAGCUGCAGGCUACUUUACAGGCCGUCACUGAGCAGAAGAGCCAGCUGGAAGUUGACCUGCAGCGUAACGUGCAGACGGCUGUAGAGACUCAGGUUCUUCAAUCUCUUCAAGCGGAGCUCCAAGAGCAGAAGCAACUUUACUCCGAUCACAUGACGCUCUGUGAGCAGAAGGAAUCUGACUUGGAUCAACAGACCGAGACUCUGACGGAGCAGCUUGAGAGUGCACGAGCAGAGAGGGACGCCCUGUUGGCAAAGGAGAGCGUCUGUCAGGCCUCCAGAGAGGAGACGGAGAGGCUGCAGAGCAGAGUGACGUCUCUCAGCGAGGAGAGAGACCAGCUGCAGGAGACUCUGGAGGCACUGAGGCAGGAGAAGAGGCAGCUCAGAGCGGAGCUGGAGGACCGGAUGGAGACGUUUGCACUCGCCCAAAGUGGGUUUAACCAGCCAGAAAAACUGACCUCAGAACCUCAACCACAUGAUGAGGAUGUAACCCGUCUUCAGCAAGAGAUAAAUGAGCUGCAGGCUACUUUACAGACCGUCACUGAGCAGAAGAGCCAGCUGGAAGUUGACCUGCAGCGUAACGUGCAGACGGCUGUAGAGACUCAGGUUCUUCAAUCUCUUCAAGCGGAGCUCCAAGAGCAGAAGCAACUUUACUCCGAUCACAUGACGCUCUGUGAGCAGAAGGAAUCUGACUUGGAUCAACAGACCGAGACUCUGACGGAGCAGCUUGAGAGUGCACGAGCAGAGAGGGACGCCCUGUUGGCAAAGGAGAGCGUCUGUCAGACCUCCAGAGAGGAGACGGAGAGGCUGCAGAGCAGAGUGACGUCUCUCAGCGAGGAGAGAGACCAGCUGCAGGAGACUCUGGAGGCACUGAGGCAGGAGAAGAGGCAGCUCAGAGCGGAGCUGGAGGACCAGAUGGAGACGUUUGCACUCGCCCAAAGUGGGUUUAACCAGCCAGAAAAACUGACCUCAGAACCUCAACCACAUGAUGAGGAUGUAACCCGUCUUCAGCAAGAGAUAAAUGAGCUGCAGGCUACUUUACAGGCCGUCACUGAGCAGAAGAGCCAGCUGGAAGUUGACCUGCAGCGUAACGUGCAGACGGCUGUAGAGACUCAGGUUCUUCAAUCUCUUCAAGCGGAGCUCCAAGAGCAGAAGCAACUUUACUCCGAUCACAUGACGCUCUGUGAGCAGAAGGAAUCUGACUUGGAUCAACAGACCGAGACUCUGACGGAGCAGCUUGAGAGUGCACGAGCAGAGAGGGACGCCAUGUUGGCAAAGGAGAGCGUCUGUCAGGCCUCCAGAGAGGAGACGGAGAGGCUGCAGAGCAGAGUGACGUCUCUCAGCGAGGAGAGAGACCAGCUGCAGGAGACUCUGGAGGCACUGAGGCAGGAGAAGAGGCAGCUCAGAGCGGAGCUGGAGGACCGGAUGGAGACGGUGCAGACUGAGGUCACACGGCUGAAUGCGUCUCUGCAGACCGUGAGCGAGCAGAGGAGGCGGCUGGAAGAGGAUCUACAGCGCAGCGUGAACACGGCUUCCUCGACGCAAGAGCUCGUGAAGUCACUCGAGGAGGAGCUGUGUGAACAGAAGCAGGAGAACUCUGAUCUGGAGCGACUGCUCCAGGAGAAGGAACGCUCGUUGGAUCGACAGAUGUCGACUCUGACCGAGAAGCUGCAGCUGGUGGAAGCGGAGAGAGACGCUCUGCUCUCCGAGAAGGACGCCGGCUGUCGGGCCUCCAGAGAGGAGACGGAGAGGCUGCAGAGCAGAGUGACGUCUCUCAGCGAGGAGAGAGACCAGCUGCAGGAGACUCUGGAGGCACUGAGGCAGGAGAAGAGGCAGCUCAGAGCGGAGCUGGAGGACCGGAUGGAGACGAUCUCAGUCGUCCAGGAGAAGUUGAGCGAGCAGGAGAGGAACCAACGAGAGAUGCAGCAGACGGUGCAGCAGCUCGAGGAGCAGCUUCGGUUGAACAAGCGGAUACGAAGUCGGGCUCGAGUCGAAGCCGACGCCUCGCAGCAGUUGCUCGGCGACGCGACCGCGACCGUCUCGGCGCUCGGAGAUCAGGCGAGCGGCUCGGAUCCGAGCGCCAGUGGACUCGAGGACACGCCGUCCUCGCGGCUGCAGGACUCUACUAGGCAGCUGCAGGAGUCCUUGAGAAGGUUCCAAACCUUCAUAGACCUUUGUGCCAAGCAGAACGCCAACGUUCUGGUCAACGUGGAGGACGAUCUGAGCUAUCUACCAAAACCCACCUCGGACGCCUUCAGCGCCGUCAGUCAGCUGGAGCGUCAGAUGUCUCAGACUCUGGGAGACUUUACGGAGCGCGUGCAGGCGCGAGCGGAGUGCUACAGGAAUCUGUUCGAGCAGUUGGCGAAGAAAGAUUUGGCCGUUUUUGAGCAGAGUCGUCUGCAGGAUGUGCUGCUGUGCCGAGCGCAGGAGGAGGACCAGGACGUCCACGCGCUGCGGGGCGGCCGGCUGGCGGAGCUGCUGGCCAAGAGGCAGCUCCAACUGCAGAAAAUGUCCAACGUCCUGGAGGCGCUCCGGGCCACCAUGGUUUCCUACGCCGACAAGCUGUCGGCUGAGCUCGGCGUCAAGGAGCGGUUCAAGGAGCGGCUGACGGCCUUCUUCAGCCGGCAGUACAGCGACAGCAAGCUGCUCGGCAUCUUGACCAGCGAGCUGGACCACAGAUCCGCCAUGGCACACACCACGAAGACGACCCUGCAGGCCAUCAUGGACAAACUCAACGGUCCGUGUGAGGAGCUGAAGCAGCUGGAGGCUCAAGCCGACGCUCGGCUCCGAGAGGAGAGCAGCAAGACCUCCUCUCUGCUGCAGGCGCUGGAGGGGGCUCCUCUGAAGACGGACCGCCAGCAACUGGUGCUUCAGCUCCAGCAAACGAAAGAAACCAUCAAAGCUCUGCACGUGCACAUCGAGCAGCUGGAGGAGGCUCGGCUCAAAGCCAGCAGCCGGGUGUCCAACCACAAAGAGGCCACCCAGCUGCUGCAGACGGAGCUGCAGGACAGCCGCGCUCAGGUCCAGGAGAAGGACCACGCAAUCCAAAGCCUCAAGAGCAAACUGCGCCAGUCCGAGAAAAAUGCGUCGCCCAGCGCUGUUGAGCUGGAAAACCUCCGGACUAAACUGUUCAAGGUGGAGCUGCAACUGAGUUCAGCGUCUGAUGAACACAAACGAGACAUCCAGAAGAUGAGCUCACUGCUGAGCGAAAAGGAAGAGUACGUGAGGAAGCUGAAGGAGACUUUGAGGAAAACCCAGCAGGAAGGAGAGGACUCGUUCCUGCAGGGCGAGGACCUCCAUGCCAGACUCACCAACCCCAGAGGCUCGGUGAUCAAGACCAGCAUUCAGCUGGAGAACACCAAACUGGAGGAGGAGGUCAAACGGCUUCAACUUAAAAUCUCCGAGCUGGAAAGCUCGCUGUCCAGCUCGCGGGACGACAUCGGCAAGUGGAAGCGCAAAGCCGUCAUGCUGAGGGUGAAGGGCAAGGCGGAGCUGGACAAGCCGUCGUCGCCCUGCACGCCCACCAAGAGGGGCCUCUCCGUGACCUCGGACGCCUCCAACUUCUUCGGCUCGCCCAAGAAGUUGGCGGUCGCUCCCAGGAAGGUCCCGGACUCUCCGACCGUCUCGCUGCCGGACUCCCCCAAGAGCAGAUUCUCCGACCUGCUGUCCAGAAGCUACCCCAAGCAGUUCUUUGACAACUCCAACCUGGGACUGGUUCCAGAAGCGGCGCCGGCGGAAAGAAAAGAGGAUUGGUGGCCGAUGUCUCCAAAGCAAGAAGAAAUGUGUAAAACGCAGUAACGGGAUCCAUAAUCUGUGCAAUCAUGUUAAAUGUCUUUUAUCUUUUAUUCUAUAAUGUAAUAAAGAAACAUUAAGUCAAGUAA